CACAAACCACGGUGCCUCCUCUCAUCAUGUACAAUCCCAACGCUAUCUCCUGGUUCUCUUCGUCAUCGUCGUAGAUGAUUCUCUCGAUACAGUUGCUGAUGAUGAUAUUUGUCGACUUAUCGAAUCCUUGUAGUAUUCCUUCGAAUAACCGAGCAUCUGUCGAUAUUACUCUGACACGUUCUAAAUGUUAGUACCAACUGGUGUUGAUUAGCAAAUGAGCUCAGCACGGAUUUUUCAAUCCAGAGCCGUGUUCCACAGCCAUUGACGUCCGACUCUACUUACUUUCCAAGAACUCCUUAAGAUCGGCCAUCUUACUGUUCAAUCCAGUAAACACCGUGAAUUUGAUGGUGAUGGUGUGCGCGUGACUAGUGGCACGUGCACUGACCUUGCUGCCAGAUGCUGCAAAAGUGAUAUCCAUGAACGGCAACAACACCCUUUCUUCCAACAUAAUGACGACAAUUGCAACCCAGGACACGGACUACUCCAGUGAAGAAGACAGUGUAUUUCUCACCCAGCGAACGCACGCAAAACGGCCCAAAAUCACUAGACUUAGCCACGCUAACAAGUGCUCUACAGGGCCGGACAGGACAACAGAUGUACGGGAACUGAAGGAGCAAACCACAAAAGACUUGGUGGAAUGGGCCUCCAGGCUUGAGUUGGAGUCCAUCACUCUCAAAGAGACAAUACAGGAGGAUUUCGUGAGUCUCGUCAAACAACAUCACUCGGAUACCGUUAGGUCUGUUCAUGAACUAGAGAAGAGAGUAGACCAUAUGGCUGCCAAAUUGGACAAGAGCGAAACUAGAAUCGGGGCAAAAGUGCGAGACGUCUUGGAAAGCCAGGUGGGCCCCAUUGAGGACGAGCAAACCCUGAUAAAUACAAAAAUUGCCCUGAUGAAUCAACAGUUGGCACAGAUGGGAAAAACCAUCGAUAAUAUGGGCCGAGAAAUAGAGGAAAAGUGCAAGCACAUUGGAGGUACCCUCUCUUACAUCGAUUCUCGAGCCACAAAGGUCCCCGAUACCAAAAAGGACCUAGAAGAAAUCAAAGAGUACUUGCGGCUCUUGCUCCCUCGCAUUAUCGGCAUAGAACAGAACUGUGCGAUAAUCCCCCAGCUCACAAAGCUAAGCGACGAGGACCCUUCCAAAAAGAGAAGGUUCCUCUAAAGUCAUCAGGUGACCUUCAGAAUGGCGUUGCUAUUAUUCCCAUACUGUCGCUUAGCAUCUCAUCGGAUUUUAUUUCUCCGAGAAUAAAGCCUUGGCCCUUAACCAGGAGGGAAAGAAAAAAGAAAUUUCCUUCCUAGUAAGGACAGUCUCAGCGACAUCUUGCCAUUUCGGUUCGCACUUCCAAUAACUGCUGCACAUUUUGCAACUGCAGACGUUUU